GAGCAGCUCUGUCCUCGGGCUGCAGCGCGCCUCAUAUCGGGGCUCUCCGUUUACAUUAUUCAUACGGAGGAGGGUGUGACUUGUUGGCUCUUUUUUUCCGCCUAUAUAAAACGAGAAGUUCGCGUAAAAGAAAAUACAGAUGGAGAAGGCUAGCCGCCUCGCCGUGUCACAGAGAGUCCCAUUAAGCCUACGUGACCACGCACAUACUGUCCCUUUGUGACCAGCUUGAUCGGCAGAAUGCCCGGUGCCUGUGUGCUCUUCCUCGCCGCAGCACUGGCUGCGCUGGCCCGGCUCGUCGGCACCGCGGGGCCGGUGGUCCGGUGCGAGCCGUGCGACGCCGGGGCGCUGCUGCAGUGCAAGCCCCUGCCGAAGGACUGCGCGGAGCGGAUGAAGGAGCCCGGCUGCGGCUGCUGCAUGACGUGCGCCCUGGGCGAGGGACAUGCGUGUGGAGUGUACACGGCGCGCUGCGGCUCGGGCUUGACCUGCCAGCACCAGCCGGGGGAGAGCCGACCCCUGCAGGCGCUGCUGGAGGGACGGGGAGCGUGCUCCACGGCCGCGUCCAAGAAACUCAACAGCAUCCUCGUACCGGCGCAGAAAGCAGAGGGUGCUGGAAAUCAGGUGGGAGAAGGUGGAGCCAAUGCCACCCAGACGAUGGCGGUGCUGACCGGCGUGGCGACGGUGAAGGGCGGACACAGUCGGGGCUCGAAGGACACCAGGCCGCCGCUGCACAACAAGCUGAUCCAGAAAGAUCAGAACAGGAAGACGCAGAGCUACAAGGUGGAGUCAGUGUCGGGAGGAGCCAACAUGGACAUGCACAACUUCUCCCUGGAGAGCAAGAGGGAGACUGAGUAUGGGCCGUGUCGGCGGGAGAUGGAGAGCAUCCUGAACAGUCUCAAGAUCAGCAACGUGCUCAACCCCAGAGGCUUCCGCAUACCCAACUGUGACAGAAAGGGCUUCUACAAGAAAAAACAGUGCCGUCCGUCCAAAGGCAGGAGGCGGGGCUACUGCUGGUGCGUGGACAAAUACGGGCAGCCUCUGCCGGGCCUGGACGGCAGAGAGCGAGGCGAGACGCAGUGCUACAACCUGGACAGCCAAUGAGAGGACGGAGAGAGGAAGACAGCGAAGA